AUGAAGGUCCUUCUAUGGAAUUGCCGUGGCGCGGGAAAGCCUUCUUUCGCCCCGGCCUUUCGUAGGGUUGUGCAGCAGCACAAUCCGGACAUUUGUGUAGUAUUGGAAACCCGGUUGUCGGGACAGAGCUUACAGAAGGCUAGGAGAGCGGUACCGAGGUCAUGGGGAUUCUACUCAGUGGAGUCUCAAGGGCUAUCAGGAGGUAUUAUUGUUACAUGGGCGCAGGGACCAUGUAAAGUGGAUAUUUUCCAUGUCUGUACCCAGGAGGUGAUUAUGGUUAUUUCGGAGGGCAGUAUGAGGCCUUGGGUAUUUGCUGCGGUGUAUGCCAGUACUGAUUUCAGGGUGCGACGGAUACUGUGGGAGGAGGUGUCUCAGCUGAUCAGUUUGGAUUAUCCUAUGUUAGUAGCAGGUGAUUUUAACUGCAUUACAGAUCCCUCUGAAAAGAUGGGGGGUAGACCGUUUACUUAUGAGAGGAAGAUUACGGAGUUUCAGGACUUUCUGACAUCGACUGGAUUGAUAGAUCUGGGAUUCUUGGGCCCCAGGUAUACUUGGUGCAAUAAUCAGCAGGGUCGGGCUAGAGUGUGGGAGCGACUUGACAGAGCUUAUGGGACCGCUGGAUGGGUUCAGUGCUAUUCGGAUCAUCGGGUGAGCCAUUUAUCUAGGAUAGCGUCUGAUCAUUGUCCUCUAUUGGUGGGCACAGAUGUACACAUUCCAGUUCGACCCCCAUUCAGAUUUAAGAAGAUGUGGCUAUGCUAUCUGCGGUCGUGGGGGAUGGUGAGGGAGGCAUGGAGUACACCAGUCAAGGGUGACGCUAUGUACCGGGUGUCCCGGAGAUUGGAGCUGACGAGGAGACGGUUGAGGAGGUGGAACCGUGAGGAGGUUGGAGACAUCUUCAGGAGGAUCGAGGAGGUAGAGGAGGCUAUUACCAGAUUACAGAUGCAGGAGGCUCAGGGGGGGCCUUAUGGAGGGGGAGAUGGUAGAGUUGAGGUCACUUCUGUCAUUGCAUGA